AGUCUUUUUUGGCUGAAGACCAGCGGUCGCUCUCAGCCACUUCCAUUUUUUUACAUCCCAUUUGCUGUCGAAGAUGGCAUCCAAGGCUGGUGCUGCUCUCACUGUGGCUGCUGUGGGAGGUGUGGCAUUCGUAGCACCUGGCAUCGGCAGCAAAGCCACCAGCACUACACCUGCGCUGAGGGGCCAGGUGCGCAGCCAGACUUCUUCUGGUCUCAGCUCGAAUGCGGCAGCAGCAGUGGCGCUGAGCAGCGCUGCAGUCUUGGUAAGCCAGGCCAGAAAGAACAGCAAAAACACCGCCUUGAGAGCUUUUGAGACGGAGCUCGGUGUCACUCCUCCAUUGGGUUUUUGGGAUCCCUUGGGCUUUAGCAAGUUCGAGAACCCAGAGGUGGCGAAGCAGCAAUUCAAGCGCCGGCGAAUCGUAGAGAUUCAACAUGGCCGUGUUGCCAUGCUGGCUUGCAUUGGCUAUAUUGUGCCAGAAUAUUAUCGCUUUCCCGGUCUUUGCUCGCCUUCGCAGGGCUUAGCCUUCACUGACAUUCCCAACGGCCUUAAGGGAGCUGCUGCUGUGCCUCUGGCAGGCUGGUUGCAGAUCGUCACCUUUGUUGGCAUCAUUGAGGUGACCAACCUGCAAAAGGCUCAAGAUGAAAUUCUGGGUGACUAUGGCUACGGAGCCUUUGGCCUUCCUUUUGGCAAGAAGAUUGAUGAUCCUGAAAAGAAGAAGAAGAGCUUGACCGCAGAGCUCAACAAUGGUCGUUUGGCCAUGAUGGCGAUCAUCGGCAUGUUCUACCAAGACGGCUUGACGGGCUCUGCAUGGGGUGACUGGGCCAACUACGCUGAUUCUCCUUUGAGGGCCUUUGAGGAGGAAUUGGGAGUCCAGGCUCCGGUGGGCUUUUGGGAUCCCGUGGGCUACACGAGGGAUGGAAACAUGGAGACCUUCAAGCGCCGCAGGGAGACUGAGAUCAAGCACGGACGCGUGGCGAUGUAUGCCACCAUGGGCUAUAUUGUCCCGGAGUACUUCAAAUGGCCAGGAUAUUUGUCCCCAUCUUUGGGCCUGAAGUUCGAUGACGUGCCCAAUGGAUUGGCGGCCAUCGCCAAGGUUCCGGGCAACGGAUGGGCUCAGAUUGUGGCCUUUGCCGGGUACUACGAGCUCUUCGUGUACAAAUACAACGGGACUCCAGGUGAUUAUGGAUGGAAGGCCAUUAGCUCUGCUGAUGCGGAGACCAAAAAGCGCAAGCUCAGUGCGGAACUGGCCAAUGGACGACUUGCCAUGAUGGCCAUCAUUGGCAUGUUCUUCCAAGAUGGUUUGACCGGCUCGGCCUGGGGUGACUGGGCUAACUACACCGAUUCCCCCUUGCGGGCCUUCGAGAACGAGACUGGUGUCCAGCCUCCUGUGGGCUUCUGGGAUCCCUUGGGGCUUUCCACCAGCGGCAACCAAUCGGACUACAAGAGACGACGAGAGGUCGAGUUGAAGCAUGGCCGUGUCGCCAUGUUUGCGACCAUCGGCUACAUCUUGCCGGAGUAUUGGAGGUUCCCGGGCUAUUUGUCCAAGUUCUUGGACAUCAAAUUUGCAGAUGUGCCCAAUGGCCUGAGUGCCUUCUCCAAGGUUCCAGCUCUGGGCUGGCUGCAGAUUGUGGGCUUUGCUGGCAUCGUGGAGCUCAACGUCUACAACGAGGAGGUGAAUGGCGAGCCAGGCAACUACGGCUCGGGAUUCCUGGGACUCCGCUCCGUUGGCGUAAUGAACAGUGGCAUCGCCGACCCCGAGGUCCGCAAGAAGAAGCUCAACGCUGAGCUGGCCAAUGGUCGCUUGGCCAUGAUGGCCAUCAUUGGCAUGUUCUUUCAAGAUGGUCUCACUGGAAGUGCAUGGGGAGAUUGGGCGAACUACACUGACUCUCCUUUGCGCUAAGGAGUCAUCAAGGCAUGUUCGACACGGCCUGGGAA